GCAGGCGGGAGCGCGGGCCUGGGGACUCUUCGGAAACUCCGGGGCGCAGAGAGACAUGGCACUCCCCACGCUGCCCUCCUACUGGUGUAGCCGGAGGCUCCUGGAUCAGCGGGUAGCACAACAGCGACACCGAGAACAGGAGGCCCGGCUUCGGCAGCAGUGGGAUGAGAACAGCCGCUACUUCAGGAUGUCUAACAUCUGCAGCUCCAAACAGGCAGAGUGGAGUUCCAAGACCUCCUACCAGCGGAGCAUGCAUGCCUACCAGCGUGAGAAGAUGAAGGAGGAGAAGAGGAGGCAUCUGGAGGCCAGACGGGAGAGACUCCAGCAGCUUCUGCUAGAGGAGCAGGACCUGCUGGCUAGGGAACUGGAGGAGCUGAGGCUGAGCAUGAACUUGCGGGAAAAAAGAAUCCGGGAGCAGCAUGGGAAUCUCAAGUCAGCCCGGGAAGAGCAAAGGAAACUGAUUGCUGAACAACUUCUGUAUGAACACUGGAAAAAGAAUGACCCCAAACUUCGAGAGGUUGAAUCGGACCUCCACAAGAAGCAUGUGAUAAACGCCUGGGAAACGCAGAAGGAAGAGAAAAAGCAGCAAGAAGCCACGGAGGAGAAAGAGAAGAAACGGUAUGAAAAUGAGUAUGAAACAGCCCGAAGGGAAGCGCUAGAGCGGAUGAAAGCAGAAGAGGAGAGGAGGCAGCUGGAGGAUAAACUCCAGGCUGAGGCGCUGCUCCAGCAGAUGGAGGAGCUGAAGGUGAAGGAGAUGGAGGCCACCAAACUGAAGAAGGAACAGGAGAAUCUGUUGAAGCAGCGGUGGGAACUGGAGAGGCUGGAGGAAGAGAGGAAGCGGAUGGCCGCCCUCCGGCAGAAGGCGGAACUGGGACGCUUUUUGAGACAUCAGUAUAACGUGCAGCUCAAUAGACGCACACAGCAGAUCCAAGAGGAACUGGAGGCAGACAAGCGCAUCCUGCAGGCGCUCCUGGAGAAAGAGGAGGAGAACCAGCGCGUGCACUUGGCCCGCCGGGAGCAGGCCCUGGCCGACGUGGCGUGGAUGAAGCAGGUCCUCGAGGAGCAGCUGCAGCUGGAGAGGGAGCGGGAGGCGGAGCUGCAGAUGCUGUUGAGGGAGGAAGCCAAGGAGGUGUGGGAGAAGAGAGAGGCGGAGUGGGCCCGAGAGAGGAGUGCACGAGACAGACUGAUGACCGAGGUCCUGACAGGGAGACAACAGCAGAUACAAGAAAAGAUUGAACAAAACCGGCGGGCGCAAGAGGAAUCCCUAAGGCACAGGGAGCAACUUAUUCAGAACCUCGAGGAGGCGAGAGAGUCGGCUCGUCGUAAGAAAGAGGAGAGUGAAGAACUGAAAUCAGCCAGGAAACAGGAGCUGGAAGCCCAGGUUGCAGAGCACCAGCUGCAGGCCUGGGAAGCGGACCGGCAAGAGGCGGAGGAGGAGGAGGCGGCGAGGCGGGCGGAGCAGCUCAGCAGCGCCCUGCUGCAGCAGGAGGCCAAGAUGAUGGCCAGGCAGGGGUACCGGCCCAAGCCUUACGGACAUCCCAAAAUUGCUUGGAACUGACCUCCUUGGUACUGCGAGCCAGAGAACAAGGGUGCUGAGGCCGUGGGUGUGAAGCCGCCAGACAGUUCUGCAGUGCUCUGUUCUAGUGUUGGGGUCACCGGAAGCCCGUUCAGCCCAUGAGCAGAUGGCUCGAGGGUCUGGCCACUGAAGGUGUUGUGGGUGUGCAGCCCCCGGUAGGAGCCCCUUCCUGCCUCUCUCAUUCAAGAAAGGGGCUGUUAUAGUCCGGUGACAGUGCUGUCACAGUCUUGUAGUAUAUUUAUAAAUAAUGUUACGACUCGAAAUCCAUGCUAGGAGUUGCAGACUGUGUCCCAGGACAGGAUCCCUUGUCUCACCCGGAACUGUCAGCCUCCAGUGAAGCCUCCAGCCAGAGACAUGGGAAGGUUUUAAGUUUUAAAGUUGCCAUUUAAAUGUAACUGUUUUGUUGAAGACAAACAUGGGUAGGUCUUGGUGUAAGUUUAUUUCAGGGUUUAGUAAUUUAAUGGUCCCAAAAGGAUCACAUCUUGUUUUCUGAAGAAAACAAUUAUGAACCCUUGAGACAGUCUGACGUGGUCCAGGGAUGCUUCCCGGAAAGGGUAAGAAAUGAGUGUCCUCCGUUAGGAAGCAUUUUGGUAGAAUUUCCAGAGCAUUGGGGGUGGGUAGUGAUCCCAACAUCUAUGUUACUGAGCCUCAAGAAGUCUCUUGGACGCUCACCUUUUGGUAUGACACUUUGGACAUCCAGCGUCUUGGGAAGGUCUCAGCUAUAUGCAGUCUUCUGGGAUUUGUGUGCCCAGGAAAAGGGACAGUGACCCUGAAGAAACUAGAUCAGACUCAGCCGCAGACCAGCCAUAAAUUUCUCUUCCCACUGUUACACCCAUGUGCCAUAGUUCUAGAUUAAUCUCUACAAAUAACCACAAGAAGUUCCUUGCAGCAGCAAUAUUUUUAUGACUUACAUUUUGUUUUCAUAUUCUUUCUGUAAAGUUUCAGUUUUCAUGAUACUGUGUUCAAGACUACAUAUCUCAGUGAGUGACAGCUCGUUACAGUUCCAGCUUAUUAAAGACCAGAGUUGGUCUAGAUGCUGGGUCUCGGGGCUGCAUCGCCUUCCACCCCCACCGUGCUGGGAACCAGACGAAGCUGCAGACUGCACCCUUAAUCUGCUUUCCAUUUCCUUGUUUUGAAUUUCUUUGCAUAAGAUUCCCUGAGCACCACUUUCAUUGUGCAUGCUCAUGUUUAUUUCCGUUUCAGACGCUCAGUAAUUGUGAAAUAAA